UUGCUUGAAUUGAUUUCUUUACUUGUGGUUUUGGGCGAUUGAGCUACAUGAUUAGAGAAUUAUCAGUGAGCUUGUGAAAGUGUUCUGGAUGAAGGCUUAAAAGCUCUCCGAUAAGAUACAGGAAGUCGGCAAGAAAAUGAGCCGGAGAUGACGAUAUGCUGGUAGUGAGGCUAAGUUGAAUGUAUCGUACAUGGAGAUCUGAGUAUUUUUAGUGGGUCAUCGGUGCAUAUCGGGUUCUAUUUUUUUUCACAGCAGGAAAGAAGAAAAAAGAAUACCGAGUUGCAAUCUUGUCUGUGAUGCAGAGAGAUUGGGAUAAUUGAAUAAGAUAUGAGAUUUCUUGUUUUUAUUCCCCAAAGUUUGGGUUUACAUGGAGGAUUUAUGAGUAUGUAAGCCUAAUGGUCACCCUUGAUCUUUUUGCAAAAUGUACAAGAAUUUUAGGAAUAUAGGGGUUAGAGCAGUAAUUUGGACUUUGAUACAAUAUAGUUGAGCUCAGAAAGUGGACAUGGGAAAGUGAACGAUCCUGAUUAUUACGACCUACAAGUGUGCAAACGUAAUGGAUGCUCGUGAAAAUCAUUUUGCAAAAUGUACAAAAAGUUUAGGAAGUUAGCGAUCAGAGCAGUAAGUGGACAAUGAUACAGUCAUACAAUGAGUGUUUAGCUUGAUAAUUGAACAUAUGAAAAUGAUGAUGUUCCAUGUCACAUGCCAUAUGGGUGCUCAUGCAAUGCAUUGAGGAAGAAUGGACAAAAUGUCGAAGCAUAUAUCGAACUUGCAGAUGAUGCCACCUUGCCAAUCCAUGCGAUGAGUUUCUAUGUGAGCUCUAAAUGUAUUGCAUCUAGUCUUUUGUGGUUUCAUAGUGGGUGAAAAAUGACACAUGGGAUUUUUGCCUUACAUAAGUGGAUCCGAUGUGUUUCAGUGAAGCCUGCAAAGAAUCUGGAAUGCACUUUCAAGAGAGGUAGUACGGGCUAAGGUGCAUUUAGUUUGAAGACUAAAGAAAGGUGAGGGGCAUUUGUUUUUGUCCCAUUAAGAAAAUUUGGAGCAGUACUUUGUAGAAUUAGUCUUUGGCGGUAAAGGUAAAUUACUUGAGAGUUUUGUUGUGCGGACAGGUCGUCAAGGAGCAUAUAAAUUGAGGGGGAAGGCUUGUGUUAGUCGAUGUGGGAACACGAUAAGAUUAUCUCUGGUUGUGGUUGUUCAAGUUAUGGUUUGAAGUUUGACAACACACUGAUCAUACUGUAGUCAUCUGAGUGGGUAUCGGUACCAGAAACAAGUUCAAUCCUGGGACGAGCUAGCAUUGCUGGUCUGGAGAAAGCUGUAGAGGUUCUAGAUACCCUUGGAAGUAGCAUGUCAAACUUGAAUCCUAGCAGUGGAUUUACAUCCGGAGUGACGGCCCGAGGAUAUAAAAUUUCCAUCUUAGCAUUUGAAGUGGCAAAUACAAUUGCUAAAGGAGCUAACUUAUGGAGAAGUCUUUCAGAUGAAAACAUCAAUAUCUUGAAAGAAGAAGUUUUGCAGUCAGAUGGAGUAAGAAAACUAAUCUCUGCAGAUGCUAAUGAGUUGCUGUGGAUCACUGCCGCUGACAAAAGAGAAGAACUUGACUUUUUUUCAAGAGAAGUAAUUAGGUUUGGGGACCUAUGUAAAGACCCAAUAUGGCACAAUCUAGGUCGCUAUUUUGAGAAAUUGAGUUUGGAUAUGACGCCCACAGAACAGUCAAAAGAGGAGGCAGAAAUGAUGAUGCAACUCUUAAUAUAUUUGGCUCAGAGUACUUCUGAGCUUUAUCAUGAGUUACAUGCUCUAGAUAGAUAUGAACAGGAUUACCGAAGGAAGCUUCAAGAAGAAGAGUUGAUACCUGCAGCUAGACAGGAGAGUAUUUUGAACAGUGAACUGAAACGCCAAAAGAAGCUUGUGAAGAGUUUGAAAAAGAAAUCCCUUUGGUCCAGAAACUUGGAGGAGGUGGUGGAAAAGCUUGUAGACAUUGUUACAUUUUUGUAUAAGCAGAUUUGGGAAUCAUUUAAAACUUCUGGUUGCAACUUACUCGACUAUAAGCCAGCUCAGAAUCAAACCUUAGGUGCUUCUGGUCUCGCGUUGCAUUAUGCUAACAUCAUCAACCAGAUUGAUAAUAUAGUAUCUCGACCACUAUCCCUUCCUCCGACUACGAGGGACAGUUUAUAUCAAGGAUUGCCUACACGCGUGAAGGCAGCACUUCGUACCCGAUUACAAUCAUUUGAUGCCAAGGAAGAGUAUACAGUUGCUCAGAUAAAAGCUGAGAUGCAGAAAAUCUUAUGUUGGAUCACUCCACUAGCAGAAAACACAACUAGAGCACAUCAAGGUUUUGGAUGGGUAGGAGAGUGGGCAACCAUGGGUACUGAGAUUAACAAGAAACCAGACAUGCAAAACUGCAUUGCCCGUAUCCAGACGCUUCAUCACGCAAAUAAAGAGAAAACUGAGGAGUACAUAUUAGAACUAGUGGUAUGGCUUCACCAUCUAGUUAUCCAGGUGAAGAACAGGGGUUAUGGAUUAACAUCAGCCAGCCCAGUUCAAAGUCAACCAAAUAAGGGAACAGUGGUGAUCUCAGAGUCCAUACGAGAACCAUCUCAGGCAUGCAAUGGUAGAAUUGAAGGUGCCCUACUCUCAGAAGACGAAAGAAAUAUGUUGGAGCAAGUAACCCUGAGGAAGAUUACAUUAGGGAGAAGCAAAAGCUUGGACUUGGAGAAGAGAGCCAGGAGACAUAGGGGUCGGAAUAGGAGCUGUGAGAAUUCUCCAGACAAAGAGUUCAAUGUGGCAUUAGAUUGGAAGCUGGAGAGGUCAAGAGUGUUGGAUGUGAUGGAUGGGCUCAACACGCUCGGUGCGCUUCCAGUAGUUCAGUUUUGUACAUAAGCUCAUGUGUUCAUGAGCACUAAGCCUUUUCUUUCUCUCAUGUAAAUGCCUUGGAAGGGAUUCCAUGAUUUAUCUCAUCCUGUAUAGUUAUUUGAUCUGAAGUAUUACAUAUGGAUUAAAAGAAAGCAGCAAUGAGAAUAGCUGCUGAUUACUAUA